UCUAGCCCUCAGGAAGAUCGAACUCGAAGACGUGGCCUUCUCCAUUAUGAUCGCCUUGAUAUCCUCGACGUCAGAGAAACAGGGAGGCAUCGAUCUCAAUGAUCUCGCUCUUGAUUUGACAUCCCAGCCGUCUGAUUUGCUAUCGAUGGAUGUGUCUCGCGUGCCCAAAGCAUCUGAGCCCGGCUCUGGGCCGGUUGACGGGUUCCAGGAUCUGAGUGUCCAUCUGUAUGAUGCCACUACGUCUGCGCUUUCUGGGGGGAAUAACAUCAGUCUGUCAGACGAGGUUGGUAAACAGGGAACAAAAAAGGUUACUUGAGACGAAAUUGUUGAAGGAAUCAUCUGAUCCAAAAGAGGAGCCACCUAGAGGCUCCAGUGGUCGGAAGAUGGGGCAGUCGCUCGGAGGAGGUGGUGCGGUGGUUGGCGGAUCCUCUAAUGCAGGGAGUACGCCAAGUGCGCCGGGUGAUACUUGUCCAGUGGAGGAACGAUUCCAGCUCCAGGUGCGCCCAAAAAGUUGUUUUUUUGUUCCUGUACUAACGACUCGUUUUCAGCAAUUAACUGGUAUGGGUUUUACCAACGCGCAACAGAAUAUUCGGGCAUUAUUAGCUACGGGUGGCAACGCGCACGCCGCGAUUGGGUACAUUCUGGAAGGCGGUGGCCUGUAGAGUAACCGGCAGCCGGUAUGGUCGAUAUGGAACG